AAACGGUUAAAACUUUUUAAUAACUUUGUUAGUUUGUAACUUGUAGUGCUACUACCACCAUGAUGACCAUGACCCAGCGGACCAACUUAAAAGUGAUUUUGCUAAAGGAAUGAAUAAUGGGAUGUUUGUUACAGCCAAGACAUUGAUCCAACUGAGGUAUCAAACAGAGUCAGAUGGAAGUGUGGAAGGUAGCUGGGUGAAAUUUGGUCAACUUGUAACACUCUGAAAACUUCCUUUAAGAUUUCGUAGUUAUGGAGGCAAAUACAGAUAAUAUGUCUGUCCGUCCAUCUCUGCCAACACAGAGAUUGUUCAGACUUGGAAAUGGGGCCACACGGACUAGAACAAGUAUCAAGAUUUGCAAGUAUGAUGAGGAACCAGACUCUGUGCAUUCUGAGGUGGGUAUUUCUGAUGAGGAAUCAACUUCGGAGAGAAGUGAAAAUGGUAAACAUACCAGUGUGCUGCCAAGCAGAGUCCCGUCCCAUCUUCUCAUGAUCUCCAUUCUGGAACAUUUAUGUUUGAUGUAUGCUCAAGAUGCUGAAAAAGGGAAGCAGCUUUUCCAAGUUAUAUCGGAUCAGUUGGUUCGGCACCAGUACGUCUCCCCCUUUACUGUGUUGGAUGAGAUGAAAAGCAUCAGAGCACAGUACCGUUAUUUCAUGAAUCACAUUCUAAAGGCUGCCAUGAUGAAAAUCUGUCAGACACCAGCUGCAUUACCCAGUAGUUCUAGUCAGGAGAUUCCUUGUGUCAGUUCACCAGGACUGCGACACCAAUUGUCUUUCCUGUCUACAGAUGAAAUGCUACAGAUGCAGACCUCAAGAUACACAACAGAAUUCACAGAGAUCAGCAAAAUAGGCAAAGGAGGUUUUGGAUCAGUGUACAAGGCCAGACAUAAUCUUGAUGGGAGGAUGUAUGCAAUCAAAAAGAUCAAGUUUAAACACUCAAAACCUGAAGUGUGGAUGAGGGUUCUGAGAGAAGUGAAAGCUUUAGCCAAUUUACAGCACGGGAACAUCGUCGGCUAUAAUGCUGCCUGGCUGGAAUACGCUACAAACUUUGAUCCUGAAUGUGGGGAUACGGCUUUGUCUUCUCCUGCAGAUCUAAGCUUUCAGCCUAAAGAUAAGGAGACGGAUGACAGUGUGGUGUUUGCUGCCUCUGGAGCCAGUGGAGCUAGUGAUGGCAUUAACUUUAUAGUACACAACACUGCCUCUGUUUCAUCCCCCUACAGGGGCCCCUUUGUGGAGGAGCUGGACCCCAGUGACUCGGGGAGUGUCUGUAAAGCUUGUCUACUGAACAAUACGAGUCAGGUGGACACUCAACAGACAGGACUGAUAAAAAAUCCUCCCAAACACAGCUGUGCCAAGAAAUUCUUCGAGUCUGAAUUCACAGGGACUUGCUCCUCGGUGCAGGCAACUGAGACUGUAGACAGGGGCAGGGCCUGGGAUGUUAUUGACACAAAUGGACGGUUCUGGAAUAGGCAGCUCAAAGUGAAACGAAGUAUUAGCUAUGAUCAUAUGCCGUGUUGUGAUGACACUCAUGAGAAAUGUCAAAAAUUUGAAAUAAAUGUAAGUUUGUUUAUACAAAUGGAACUUUGCAGUCUUACAUUAAAGGAUUGGCUACAGCUGCGAAACCAAAAGUGUACAAAUAAGAAGGAUCUGCCAUAUUACUCUGUAUACAACAUGAAGAUAUUUAAGCAGAUUCUUAAAGGAGUUGAGUUUAUCCACAGUAAUGGUCUUAUUCACAGAGAUUUAAAGCCCAGAAACAUUUUCCUGCAUGAACCAGAGCUACAUGUAAAGAUAGGAGACUUUGGACUUGCCAAAGAUGACCUUGUGAAAGGAUCUGAUGACGUUCUGUUAACCCCAUCUCCUGUUGAUUUAUAUGAUGAGUUUGUAUGGGAGAAACAUACAUCAGGGGUGGGGACUUCCACAUAUGCAGCCCCCGAACAGCUGGAGGGGACUCUGUAUAACUAUAAGAGUGAUGUGUACAGCUUAGGUGUUAUACUGUUUGAAAUGUUCAACACUUUUCAAACAGAAAUGGAGAAAUUCCAUUGUAUGGAUCAGCUCAGGAAAAACGGGGAACUAGAUGAAGACUUUCUGAAGGAAUGGCCCCUUCAUGCUAGUUUUGUUAAGAGAAUGACCUCCCUUCAUCCUAAUGAACGACCUUCUGUCAGAGAGAUAUUGGACAGUGAAUUGUUCCUCACUAAAGAUCAGGUAAUUCAGAAUCUCAGGCAAACUCUGAAGGACAAAGAUGAAGAAAUUCGGAAAUUAAAAGCAAUGUUAGAAGAACGAGAUAAAAAAUUUGACAGACUGGAAAAAGACUUUGGAAAAGUAUCAAAUAUUAAACUAGAUCUGUGCGACAAGGAAAAUGUGAUGGUCUGAGUGACAUUUAGCUGGUAAAGUUACUAUAGCGCAAACUACCGGUAAUGACUAUUAUUGAUUUAAAGUUAUUGGUAUGAAUGACCGAAAGUGCCCAGGAGUUAAUAAGGACACUAAAAAUUGAAUAAUUAGAAAUUUAUUGUGAGUGACAGUGUCUGGAAGAGUUCCCAUUAUUCAAUGAAUGUCUGUCCUUUGUGAAUGGUUUUGGAGAGUUUAGUAAUUUUGAAUUUUUGUUGUUGAACUAUAUACAACAUGUUAAUAAAAGUU